AUGUCCUAUCACACCUUUGCGGCUCCCUCACAACACGAUUUCACCUUUGUGCUGCCGAACGAACUUGCCCUUGCAGUCCUCAAAAACCUCGACGCCAAAGACCUCAUAAAUGCUGAACAGGUCUCGCGGCGGUGGAAGUCAUUGAUCGAAGACCCGUCAGUCUGGCGAACCAUCUUCUACCGCAGAUACCAGCGACAGGUAAUGACCAACCCUGCGCCGAUUCAAGUGGGCGGAGUGGGUGUUGGAAGGCCCAAUCGACCCGAUCAAGCAUGGCGCAAGAUGUACAAGGCGAGGGUGGAUCUGGAGAAGAAUUGGCGAGCGGGGGCUACGGAUGCUGGCAAGGCUGUUUAUCUAUCUGGUCACACCGACAGCGUCUACUGCCUGCAAUUUGACGAGGACAAGAUCAUCACAGGCUCAAGAGAUCGAACCAUUCGUGUCUGGGAUAUCAACACGUAUCAAUGCCUCCGAGUCAUUGGUCGGCCGAAUGUGAAGCCAGCGCUGGGACCCAAAGUGCUCCGCACCGUGGAUUAUCCCUCCUUUCACAUGGCCACUGCCAGCGUCAAUGGUACGGCUUACGGCGAGGGAAUCUUUUACCCCAACAACGAAUGUCACGACGCCAGCAUAUUAUGCUUGCAGUACGACGACGAAAUCCUGGUCACUGGAUCAUCUGACAACACACUCCUGGUUUGGGACGUGAAAACAUACGAAAUCAUCAAGCGGCUGAAGAGUCAUACUGGAGGCGUACUCGACGUGGCUCUGGAUGCGAAGCACAUUGUCUCGUGCAGCAAGGACUCCAAAAUCAUUGUCUGGGAUCGUGAAAAUCUGGCGGAAAAGGGACAGCUCACGGGUCACAAAGGACCUGUGAAUGCCGUUCAGCUGCGCGGCAAUCUUCUUGUCAGCGCCAGUGGAGACGGCAUUGCUCGGCUUUGGGACCUCAACCAGAUGAAGCUUAUCAAGGAGUUUCCCGCCAAAGAACGAGGCCUUGCAGCAGUGGAGUUCUCGGAAGACAUGAAGUACGUCCUGGCAGGCGGCAAUGACAACAUCACCUACAAGUUCGAGACGGAGACGGGCCGGGAAGUCAUGCAAUUUUCUGGCCAUACCCAGCUUGUCCGCUCGCUGUGGCUCGAUAGCGCCAAUGAUCGCGUUGUUUCCGGCAGCUACGAUCUCGACCUCCGUGUGUACGACUUUGUGACUGGUGAAGAGCUAUGGCGUGGCGAAGAGUGGACUACUAGUUGGAUGCUUGCAGCCAAGUCUGACUACCGUCGCAUCGUCGCGACAAGUCAAGACGGCCGCAUUCUCAUCGUCGACUUCGGCAUUCUGAAGGGUGCACCUACGUACCAGUCGCGUGAUGGCAUGCCAAUUGACAAUAUCGAAUUGCUGCGAGGGAUUGAGCAGACGAACGAGAUCCGCUUCCGGAACCCCUUUAAAAAGUCUUCCAAGACAUUCCGGUAGUCGAUGAUUUUCAUGCGGUUGGGGGUUGGGAACAGGGACUUCCUGGUCAGCUUGUGUUGGGGAGACUUUCUAUGGGAGACAUAUGGAGUGCAGAAUGUCAGGAUUGGACGACAUUCGCUUCUGAUACCACAGUGAGCAGGACAAUAGACAGUGUCGGGCUCGUUUUGGAUAAUUGAAUAGCGUGGCGUAUGAGACUGGGAAUAUACU